CAGAAAAGGAAUUAGAAAGAAGGAAGAGAUAGCAAAAAUGGCACUAAGAAUGUGGGCUUCUUCUACAGCAAAUGCUCUCAAGCUUUCUUCUUCUGUUUCCAAGUCUCAUCUCUCUCCUUUCUCCAUCUCUAGAUGCUUCUCCACAGUGUUGGAGGGAUUGAAGUAUGCAAAUUCACACGAGUGGGUUAAACAUGAAGGCUCUGUUGCCACCAUUGGCAUCACUGCCCAUGCUCAGGACCAUUUAGGUGAAGUGGUGUUUGUGGAACUGCCAGAGGAAAAUACUUCAGUGAGCAAAGAGAAAAGCUUUGGAGCAGUGGAGAGUGUGAAGGCAACAAGUGAGAUCUUAUCACCGAUCUCAGGUGAAAUCAUUGAGGUUAACAAGAAGCUCACAGAAUCACCUGGCUUGAUUAACUCAAGCCCCUAUGAAGAUGGCUGGAUGAUCAAAGUGAAACCGAGUAGCCCCGCGGAGUUGGAAUCUUUGAUGGGACCAUUACUGAAGGGUUUCUACAAAGAGAGUUGCCCAUUGGCAGAGGAAAUCGUGAAGCACAACGUCGAGGUUGCUGUUCUCAAAGAUCCUCGUAUGGCGGCUUCUCUUCUUCGUCUUCAGUUCCACGAUUGCUUCGUAUUGGGCUGUGAUGCGUCUGUGCUCUUGGACACACAUGGAGAUAUGUUGAGUGAGAAACAAGCAACUCCUAAUGUGAACUCUUUGCGUGGAUUUGAAGUAAUCGAUUACAUUAAGUACCUCCUCGAAGAUGCUUGUCCUCUAACCGUCUCCUGUUCUGAUAUCCUCGCCAUGGCCGCUCGUGACUCAGUCUUCCUGAGAGGUGGACCAUGGUGGGAAGUUUUGCUAGGGAGAAGAGACUCAUUAAAGGCAAGCUUUGCAGGCGCAAACCAAUUCAUUCCAGCACCAAACUCCUCACUCGACAGCCUCAUAAUCAAUUUCAAGCAACAAGGUCUCAGCAUUCAAGAUCUCAUCGCUCUUUCAGGUGCUCAUACAAUAGGUAAAGCGAGAUGCUUGAGCUUCAAGCAACGCAUUGUUCAACCAAAUAUAGAACAAACGUUCUACGUCGAUGAGUUCAAGAGACACAGCACAUUCCGGCGAGUCCUACGGUCACAAUGCAAAGAUUCAAGCCGAGACAACGAACUGUCCCCACUGGAUAUUAAGACACCGGCUUACUUUGAUAACCAUUACUACAUCAAUCUGUUAGAAGGGAAAGGGUUGUUGAUAUCGGAUAACGUUCUGGUAACGGAAGAUCAUGAAGGAGAAAUCUUCAGAAAGGUUUGGGAAUAUGCAGUGGAUCAAGAUCUCUUCUUUCUAGAUUUUGUGGAGUCCAUGUUGAAAAUGGGUAAUAUUAAUGUACUUACAGGUAUUGAAGGUGAAAUUAGGGAAAAUUGUAGAUUUGUCAAUGUCUAAAUUCAAUAACAUCAAUCAUUACAA